UCGCCCGUUUUGGCCCUUUGUGUCAGGGACCGUGGUAGAGCUGUGGCUGUGGGCAGCGUGCUGCCGGCCCAGGCCCCGCGCUGCUGCUGCUAACCAGCGGCCGAAGGGCACAAAGGUGCAGCUGCACCGCAGCUCUGUGUGCGUGCAGUAACGUGCGUGGGCCUUCACGAAGUCACGGCACGAAACAGCCGAGCUUGUAUAAAUCACCUUUUGCAAAUGAUUUUAUUGGAGAGGAGAGGUGAUAAGUUUAACAGGAGCCACAGACAGAAAUUUACGGAAGAGGAAGAUCACAAGAAGCCACAGUGACAGCUUUCCUCACCACGCUCCAGUCCUGCAGCUAUCUGCUCCGUAGGAACUCCUGACAUAAAAUAAAGAAGGGGUGAAUGAGAGCUGAAUUAGAUACAGCACUGUCUCCCAACUCUCUUCAAGCAUUCUGGCCUAGUAAUAAUAGUAAUACUCACAGAGUAUCUCAGGAAUCAGUUUGUAUUCAAUGAUAUACAUGCUUUGUGAGAUGAUAGCUACUUGGUGAACGAGAUGAGCUAAUGCACAUGGGUUUUUUCGCAGCUGUUUUACGCACAGCCUGCUGAAAUGAGAUGUAGCCGUCCUCCUUCUGCAAAGGACUGUGCCCAGUGCUGUUUGGGGUGCCUCUGAAACCAGCUAGCUGGUGAAGUUUGACUGAACAUGCUGUUAGAUUUUGUUGUGUAACUAGUCUUUUCUAGGAUUUUGUUUCUGUGGCUGACUUGGUUUUAUUAUCUCUAGUUUAAGAGCAGCCAAUUGCACUUCAUGUCAACGGGAAGACUGUACUCAAGGUGCUGGCAGAAGCCAGCUCCAAUGUUUCAUAAAAUAACAUCUCAGUCCUUUCAGCAGCUUGUCUUUUUUUCCUGUUUUAAUUCCUGUAACUGUCUUCACAUGAAACCCUGAAGCUGCAAUGUACAUCUUGGUUUUCUGUUACAGUGCUUGUUUUUUGUAGCGGGAAACGUAAUCCUUCAAAUGCCUGUGUUUAAGAGGAUGCAAAUCAGCUUGCUAGCACAGUGCUUUGGGAACGUUUCUUUCAUGCAAAAUACAGCUAAAUAAAUGGGAGGGGGGGGGAAAGAGGGAGAGGGAAAAGGGAUUGUUCGCUUCUAAAAACAGCAAGAAUUAAUUGCGUUCAGUAAAUGGGUGAAGAUGGGCAAAGAUUAAAAUCUGAUUCUUUCUCAAUGUGGGUGAAAUCUACGCUCCUAUCUCCCAGUUGCAACAAAACCUAUUGCACAGUCUGUCCGGUGCCAUGGGGACGCGAGCAGGACGCGGUGACACGAGCUGUGACUUGUGGCUGUCCCAGCAGAGAGCGCUAGGGCCACCAGUGAGACACAGAAUAACUCCACGAUGAAUCUGAGGUGCCUGUGCACCGCAUCUGCUCCUCCUGCACCACCCUGCAGCCGACCCUCUUGCAUGGCAGAAAAGAAGUGACUUAUUCCUCGUGCUGUCACUGCUCCGUAUUACAGCAGGAAAAUGGACCGCGCUGAAUCCUAGCAUAGUGCAACCGACUGUAGGAAACAGGGAAAUGUGUUUGAAAGCUCUCAAUGAACAGGAAAAGUCCAUGACAUACAGGCAGUCCUCUGACAGCUAAGUCUGAAUGCUUGGCAGCUGGCUGUGUGCUUCUAUACCUCUUGAAUUACAAAUUAGAAGGCAUCUUUGCUGUUCCAGCUGUGCUCAAUUUUAGUGCAGGAGGGGUUAACUAAUGGCACAGAUAGCACGGCACUGUACACCUCACAGUCAGGAAAAUGGUGAAAAUCAGACAAGUGAAACAGAAGAAUCACUUCUUUCCCCACCAAGCCUCUGGGAAGAUCAGCUCUCCUUGUUUUCCCCCAAACAAGAGUUGUGUCUGAGAUUUCUCCAAAGAAAAUCACUGCUCUUCAGCUCCCAUCUCACCUGUGCUGGAGAACCACCAGGUGAUGAGGAGAGGCACUCUGCCCCGCUGUGCUUGCCCUUCUCUCACCCCACCCUUACAGGCAGUCAGUUAUUUCACACUUGUAAACCCAUUUUCAAACCGUUUUUGAAAGCAAGUGAUAGAAGUACAAAUUCUUAUUAUUGCUCCUGAGUUGAAGACCUUUUUGCAAAGAUGCUUGUUAAUGAGCUGUCUUAAGUCUGUAUCUUAUACACAGCCAUAUACAGAUAGAGAAUGCCUAAAAUGUGUAUGGAUUGCACACACACACCUAGGAAAACAAAGGCUGAUUAACAAACUUCUUUUUCAGUUAUGACUGUGAAAUUAUAUGUUCAUUUUUUUCUUGGAAAGUGGGAGAGAUAAAAGACCCAUUCUGGAAUAAAAUAAUUUUGUACACAUGUGCUAUACGGUUUUGUUUAUGAGACCGAAGUAUGUGAGUGUAUGUGAGACAGAUGGUGUGUCUGUUUGGGAAAGAUACGAUGCGUGGAUGAAUGUGUGUAAAAAUACAGGUUUCUUAAGAGCUUUUUUUUAAAAAAAAGAAAAAGCAAAUAACAAAUGCCUGCUUUAGACGUUAUUUCCCCGUGUCAUGCUCUUUGUCAAUAGGACAGAAGAGUAUUCCUGCAGAAAGUGAAAUUUAAGGGUGCUGCCUCUAGGGUUUACAGCUGGGCAUUGUGAAUUCUCUUCAAGUUUUCAAAGUCCUGGGAAGUUUUGAUAAGCAAAUACUUUCUGGGCUCUGCUUCUCUAUUGGCUGCUUCUUCACCGCCAGAUUUUGACACAAAUAAUCUGAUUGAAAAAUCAGGGAGGGGAACGGGGGCAAAAAACAGAGAGAAAAAAAAGGAGAAGUAUCUAUUUCAGCAGGCUGCAACUAAGUGAAAAAGUGGAAGAAGGAGUCCAGAGAGAAGACGACGUCUCGCUGGGGGCUUGUCUGGGGAGAUCUCAAGGCGAAUCCAGCAAAGCAGAGUCCCCUAAACAGGCACUGAAUGGAAAAUGCCACGUUCCUUUUUGGUGAAGAGCAAAAAGGCUCAUACCUAUCAUCAGCACCGCUUUGUGGAAGAUGAUCUGCCUAUAUUCACCUGGGAUCCAGUCACCUCUGCCUUCACUGCUGUAGGAGACAGAGACAAGACACCAGAAGAUGGCAAGAAACAGGACCCAGAAUGCGUGGUUCCAAAACAAGAAAAGGACCCUUUUCAACCAAAGGAAGAAAGUGUCCCUGUCCAGUACCUGAGCAGGAUGCUGCCAGGACCUUCAGCUCAAGAGAUGACCAUCCCAGGUCUGCAAGUCAAAGACUGCACUAGCCCAACAAGCACACCCACCUUCUACAAAACUGGCUUUUCUUGGGAUGCUUUCCAGUUGCCAUACAGCUACAGACAGAUGUCUUCCACCAUGCAGUCAGCCCUCUUGGAGCACCCAGUCAGCCUGUACGGAAGCCACCUCCUGCCAAGCGCCGAGCCCCCCCUGGAUUACAGCAUGCGUUACUCCUCAGACAUGGAGACCUACCACUGCGUGAAGUGCAACAAGGUGUUCUCCACCCCCCAUGGCCUGGAGGUCCACGUACGAAGGUCUCACAGUGGGACCCGGCCCUUUGCUUGUGAAGUAUGUGGCAAAACCUUCGGACACGCUGUGAGCCUGGAGCAGCACACCAACAUUCACUCCCAGGAAAGAAGUUUUGAGUGCAAGAUGUGUGGGAAGACAUUCAAGCGUUCCUCCACCCUCUCCACACAUCUGCUGAUCCAUUCCGACACGCGGCCCUAUCCCUGCCAAUACUGCGGCAAGCGCUUCCACCAGAAGUCAGAUAUGAAGAAACACACUUACAUCCACACUGGAGAGAAGCCCCACAAAUGCCAGGUAUGUGGCAAAGCCUUCAGCCAGAGCUCCAACCUCAUCACCCACAGCCGCAAGCACACCGGCUUCAAGCCCUUCAGCUGCGAGCUCUGUGCCAAGGGCUUCCAACGCAAGGUGGACCUACGGAGGCACCGGGAGACACAACACAGUCUCAAGUGAGAGAUCGCUCCAGGUCUCUGCUAGAGGUCCCACUGCCAGUGCAUGUUUCAUGGAAGAAGACCCUCCCCAGAAUUUCCAUCCAGCAUGGGGCCUCCCAUUUCAUUAAGCUCACAUUGCUUCCUGCACUUUCCUGGGAAGUGGCAAAGCCACAUCAUUGGCUUUGGUGUUCUUGUAACCCCAGAGCCUUACGCAUCCCAGUACGUGACAAAGAAACCUGUGGGAGCUCUCACUUCUUAGUUACAGCAAGUAUCAGGCCAGAUCUGAUAUCACGUGCUCAAGUGUAAAUGCAGGGGAAUUCCUCCGGGGUCACAAUUACUCUGGAUUUACACCACGUGCAGAAUUCAGUCCAUCAGACUGACCUGACCAGCAGUGAGGUGGGAACACCUGGACUAGUGGCAGCCACAAUCUGUGCCAAGCUGCUGCUGUAACCAUGUUCUGCUUUGAUGGUUAGGAAGAUAAGGAUAGGACAUGCAAAUAGACUGCAUUCAGCGAGCUGUUUUUAACCUGGACAGGGCUUCUGCAGAGACUUGCCCAGGUCAUAAAUUCCAGCAACAGACACCUAAAGUCAUUUUCUUUCAGUGGAGCAUUUACUGCGAUCAAGUGACAAAUUAACUGUGUCCUAUUUUUAGCUUAGAGUAGGAGGAAAAAUAUUUUUUUUCAAAAAAAUAUUGGAAAAAAAAAUAGCUCCUAUCCCUAACUAAUAACAAGGGUCUCUACAUGGAUUCUGCAUCCACACCCG